ACAACAAUUUAUUUCCCAAGGUCGCAAUCGAGGCAGACUGCUGUCUACCUAGAGUAAGGCAGACAAUAUGUUCUUGCUAGGCUUCUACAGUCUUCUAGUAUAUAAUUCUUCAUUUAUGCUCUUUAUUCUAUGAUGAAUUUUUGAUUGUUUUGUAAUAAUCGUUUCCAAUUUUACUUCCUGUCAUCCCUUUUUAAUCUUCGUUGUCCAAUUCCCAUACCUACCUAGGUAUUCAUGAUGGCAGCAAAAACUUCUAUCGACGAAUUCAAGAACCUCUUAAACUCGAGCAAUCGCAUCUUAGCCCUUUGUGGUGCUGGUCUAUCUGCUGCCUCGGGAUUGCCUACCUUUCGCGGCGCGGGUGGCCUAUGGCGUAAUUAUGAUCCAACUUCCCUUGCGACCCCCAAAGCGUUCCAGAGAGAUCCUGUUCUCGUCUGGUUUUUCUAUGCCUGGCGUAGACACCUGGCUCUGAAGGCGAAACCAAACCGUGGACAUUAUGCUCUUGCGGAACUGGCCAAGAAAAAAGACAAUUUCCUGUGUUUGACACAGAACGUUGACGGCCUCUCGCCUCGUGCUGGCCAUCCUGAAUCCAAGUUGAGACUUCUCCAUGGGAGUCUCCUCGAUAACAAAUGCUUCAACGAGUGCGGUUAUAUCGACCGAAACAACCUAAGCGAUCCCGUCUGCCCAGCUCUCGCUCCAGCUGCCGAAGACUACCCCUCCCAUCAAACGCUUCCUUUGCUCGACCCGAACGUCCCAGUACCAUCAGUCAAGACCGAAGAUAUACCUCACUGUCCCAAUUGCAAAACGGGCCUACUUAGGCCAGGCGUGGUCUGGUUCACAGAGUCACUAGACGGGGAAAUGCUUAGUGAAGUCAAUGAUUGGGUUGACCAAGAACGGAUCGAUAUCAUGCUAGUAGUUGGUACGGCAGCUUCUGUAUAUCCAGCUGCUGGAUAUACAUUCAAAGCUCGAGACAAAGGUGCAAUUGUCGUAGUAGUAAACCCCGACGCUGACUCGUCAAGAGGGCUUACUCCAAGGGAUUUCUUUUUCCAAGGGGAUGCCUCUGAGAUUCUUCCGCAAUUAUUUGAGGGAGUCAUUGGAAAGAUGGAUGAAUAUGGUAAUAUCCUAUGAGAAUAUAGGUCACUUGCCAUAAUCCAAGCUCUACAAGGAAGCUAACCUAGGGUGACAUUUACAUAGCAGCUAUAGGCGUGUUCCACAUUAGAUACGUGAGGGUUACAAGUAACUACUUUGUUCUAAGCGGAUAUAUGUCUUUAGGUACAUCCCAGGCUUCUAUGUAUAUUUUCGACAAAUGGGACGACACCGAUGCUCUGCUAAAAUUGCUCAUUUAUUGACAGACGAAAUUAAGUUAGGAGCGUGCGCUACCUCUACGACGUUGAAACCGACGAAUCAUGAAUUAAGAAUAACUAACGAGGCACUUUUGAAUUGUUAUUAGCACACAUACCAUCCAUCAUUAUAGAGAUAAGGUUGUAUACACCUGUCUUAGAUUCAUGCAAG